CCCUUCCGUUAUGCUUCCUGUUUUGACCCCGCUGCUAUAGGUGUUUAAUUCACGUUUACUACGAGACUGCGUUGCUUUUCGUAAUAAAACAUUACGAUUUGUUUUUCUAUAGCCGGAAUGGAUAUUCUUAAAGCAGAGAUCGCGAGAAAGAGGAAACUCAUCGAGGAGAAGCAACUCGUUGAUGACUCCAAAAAGUUCUUCAAAAGGGCCGAUCUUUCACGUAAGGAGCAGGAGGACUACUUCCAAAGAUGCGGCUAUAAGGUUCAGAGAGAGACUCCUGACAGCCAGAUCGACAAAAAGGAAGAGAAUGAGGCAUCCAUUUCGGCUAAUCCCGUAUUAGAGUUGGAACUGACGGAAGAGAAGCUGCCAAUGACGCUGUCACGACAGGAGGUCAUCAGACGGCUGAGAGAACGAGGUGAGCCAAUCCGUCUGUUCGGAGAGUCAGACUAUGACGCCUUCCAGAGACUCCGUAAGAUUGAGAUUCUGACUCCGGAAGUAAACAAGGGUUUGAGAAAUGACCUGAAGGCAGCCAUGGACAAGAUCGACCAGCAAUACCUCAACGAAAUUGUCGGCGGGACAGAGCCGGGAGAACUGGACACGCAACAUGACCUCAAAGUGCACGAAGAGAACACCACUAUCGAAGAACUGGAGGCUCUUGGCAAAACUCUGGGCAGAGGCGAUGACGACGGAGACCAGGAUGUCAUCGACAAGUUCUUGAGCUUCCUUCUCGGCGUGUGGGCCAAAGAUCUGAACAGCCGGGAGGACCACGUGAAGCGUAGCGUUCAGGGGAAGCUGGCCAGCGCAACCCACUCGCAGACUGAGUCGUACCUGAAACCUUUAUUCAGGAAGCUCAGGAAGAAGAAUUUACCAGCUGAUAUCAAAGAGUCCAUCACCGACAUCAUCAAAUUCAUGUUGGAGAGAGAAUAUGUCAAGGCAAACGACGCGUAUCUCCAGAUGGCCAUCGGAAAUGCCCCCUGGCCCAUCGGCGUGACCAUGGUGGGCAUCCACGCCCGUACGGGCAGAGAGAAGAUCUUCUCCAAGCACGUGGCCCAUGUUCUCAACGAUGAAACACAGAGAAAAUAUAUUCAGGGCCUAAAGAGGCUGAUGACCAUCUGCCAAAAGCACUUCACUACGGAUCCAUCCAAGUGUGUGGAGUAUAACGCUCUUUAAUGGCACGCUGCAACUAAGCAUUGGGAAUUUGCAAGCAGCUGGAUUAUGUCAAAAUGGCACGUUACAGAAUUGACUCGAGAGAUGAAACGACUCCACCUCUGCACGUUUAUCUUCCGACUCGUCACGACGAUCUGUGGUUCACUCAGCAUCUCAUUUUUCAUUAUAGAUAACAGCAGGUUGGUCUUUUCAGAGCAUGCUUAAUCAUGGAUCCUCUGCGAAUUUCUGUGAUUUUUUUUUCUUCCAGUAAACCUUUUCUGUUUAACAUUUACUGUAAGCCACCAUGUUAUCUGAAGUGGAAGAUCAUGUAGUGUAAGUUUUAUUACACCCACUGGCCACUGCAGACUCAGGUGUGUGCAUCAUUUGUUGAGUUUAUUUUCAGACAUGCUCAGGAGAAUUUAGUCAGAAAUUACA